GUCGCCGAAAAGACUGUAAAAUCGAAGUAGCCACUUCUUAAACCUUUUUUGCUGCUCUCUCUCUCAUCCAUGGAAUUGCAAGCAUCUACUUCUUCUUUGUCGUCCUGUCAAUAACAAGAAACCCUUGCAGCUCAAAAUAUGCUUCUUUUACCUCAGAGCAGACUAUUUUUGAACACCAAUUCCAACUGCAACAGAGUAAUUUUCAUGGGCUCCAAACACUUGCUUCUUCUUAAGUCUACACUCACGCCCGUAAAGCAUACACAUACACAUUUGGCCCAUUUUUCUUCAACUUCGCAACCUCAGUUAUUUUCUACUCAUAGGAAAAAUAUAGCAUUUUCUACUUCUUCUCCGAAACCCAUAUCUCCAAUUCAUAGGAUGACCUCGGGCUUGUGUUCUUACCCCCAUGCUGCUAUGCCUAUACCCGGACCAGUUUCUGGAGUAGUUUUGGAGACCCCAGAGCAGCAAGUGCUAGAUUCGGAGCAGCUAAGGAUGCUAAAACAGAAGUUGGAGGAUAUCGGAAUUGAUGGUGAUGCUUUUAUGCCAGGGCAAUACUAUGGUUUAGUAUGUCCAAGUUGUAAUGGUGGAGAUUCAGAAGAGAAAAGCUUAUCUCUUCACAUCACAGAAGAUGGUGCUGCAGCGGUGUGGAACUGCUUUCGGGCUAAAUGUGGGUGGAGAGGCACUACAAGGGCCUUUGCUGAUGUAAAAUCUACUUAUGCAAAAAUGAAUAGAAUCAGCAAAGUAAAACAACCACUCAGAGAAAUCACAGAGGAGAGUUUGGAACUGGAACCUUUGUGCAAUGAGCUACUUGCAUAUUUUGCUGAGCGAAUGAUAUCUAGAGAAACACUGAGAAGAAACUCUGUAAUGCAAAAAAGAAGUGGCAACCAGAUUGCUAUUGCUUUCACCUAUCGAAGGAAUGGAGAACUUGUGAGCUGCAAGUAUAGGGACAUUACUAAGAAAUUUUGGCAGGAAGCAAAUACUCAAAAGAUUUUUUAUGGACUGGAUGAUAUAGAGGGAGCUAGCGAUAUUAUCAUUGUUGAAGGUGAAAUGGAUAAGCUUGCAAUGGAAGAAGCUGGUUUUAAAAACUGUGUGAGCGUUCCAGAUGGUGCACCUCCAAAAGUCUCAAACAAAGAGCUGCCUUCCACCGAAGAUGACACAAAGUAUCAAUAUUUAUGGAACUGCAAAGAGUACAUUGAAAAGGCAUCUCGCAUAAUACUUGCCACAGAUGGGGACCUUCCUGGUCUAGCCUUGGCUGAAGAACUUGCCCGCCGCUUAGGGAGAGAAAGGUGUUGGAGAGUCAAAUGGCCAAAGAAGAAUAAUGCUGAAUCUUUUAAAGAUGCAAACGAGGUCCUUAUGUAUAUGGGUCCUGCUGCAUUGAGGGAAGUCAUUGAAAAUGCUGAACUUUAUCCCAUAAAGGGGCUGUUCAAUUUUAAAGAUUACUUUGCAGAGAUUGACCAGUAUUAUCAUCAAACACUUGGCUAUGAGCUUGGAGUUUCAACUGGAUGGAGGGCUUUGAAUGAAUUAUAUAAUGUCGUGCCGGGAGAGUUGACUAUUGUUACUGGAGUUCCCAAUUCGGGUAAGAGUGAGUGGAUUGAUGCUCUUUUAUGCAAUCUUAAUCGAAGUGUUGGAUGGAAAUUUGCACUUUGUUCUAUGGAGAAUAAGGUCCGGGAGCAUGCAAGGAAACUUUUGGAGAAACAUAUUAGGAAGCCUUUCUUUGAUGUAAGGUAUGGAGAAUCUGUUGAGCGGAUGAAUGUUGAGGAGUUGGAGCAAGGGAAGAGAUGGCUCAGUGAUACAUUUUCCCUAAUAAGGUGCGAGAAUGAUUGCCUCCCAAGUAUAAAUUGGGUUCUUGAGCUUGCAAGAUUCGCAGUUCUAAGGCAUGGAGUAAAUGGACUUGUUAUUGAUCCAUAUAAUGAGCUUGACCAUCAGCGUCCUCCUAGCCAGACUGAAACAGAGUAUGUAAGUCAGAUGCUGACGAAGAUCAAACGAUUUGCUCAACAUCAUUCAUGUCAUGUUUGGUUUGUAGCGCAUCCAAGACAGUUGCAUAACUGGGUUGGAAGUCCCCCGAAUUUGUAUGACAUCAGUGGGAGUGCACACUUCAUAAACAAAUGCGAUAAUGGAAUUGUUAUUCAUCGUAACAGGGAUCCAGAGGCUGGCCCUAUAGAUAUAGUUCAGGUUUGUGUACGGAAGGUACGGAAUAAAGUCAUAGGAACUAUUGGCGAUGGUUACUUGUCCUAUAACAGGGUGACCGGUGAAUACAUGGAUCUUGAUCAGUAACAAGAAAUGAUAAACACGAUAGUGUAUUCUUGCGGCUAUUCGUAUAAUUUUGAUGUUGUAAUACAUAUAUGGCAGUGGGCCCGAAGCUGAAAUCACCAUCUGAUGCCCAUCAAGCCAUGGCAUAGAAGUGUAAUCCAAUGGCACAGUAACGUCAUAAUUUUCAGUAAGGAAAAAUAUAUGGGAGUGAAACUUGCAUUCAGUCGUUCGUAUUUAAGCCUAUGGCCGGCUCGGUCAAUUUUUCGUGUAAAUAUUGUUUUAAUUGGUCAUUGUGGAGGAAUUUUUUAAAUACAGCGAGAACCAUGAGUUGUUUUUGGAACUUAUAAUUGAGAUCUUGCUUGAUCAUCAAGUGUGGAUUCUGCAAUUAUUCUGGAUUGAUUGAUAAUUGAGAUCUCAGUUACUUGAAAACAA